AUGUCCGCCGUCAUUGGCAUCGACCUUGGCACGACGUACUCGUGCGUGGGCGUCUUUAAGAACGAUCAGGUGGAGAUCAUUGCGAAUGACCAGGGCAACCGCACGACGCCGUCGUAUGUGGCGUUCACCGACACGGAGCGUCUGGUCGGCGAUGCGGCGAAGAACCAGGUGGCGAUGAACCCGACGAACACCGUCUUCGACGUGAAGCGCAUGAUCGGCCGCAAGUUCGACGACCCCGAUCUGCAGUCGGACAUGAAGCACUGGCCCUUCAAGGUGACGGUGCGGGAGGAGAAGCCGGUGGUGCAGGUGGAGUUCCAGGGCGAGACCAAGACGUUCUUCCCCGAGGAAAUUAGCGCCAUGGUGCUGGCGAAGAUGAAGGAGACGGCGGAGUCGUACCUGGGCGAGACGGUGAAGAAGGCUGUCAUCACGGUGCCCGCGUACUUCAACAAUGCGCAGCGGCAGGCGACGAAGGACGCCGGCACAAUUGCGGGGAUGGAGGUGCUGCGCAUCAUCAACGAGCCGACGGCAGCCGCCAUUGCGUACGGCAUGGACAAGAAGGCGGAAAAGGGCGAGAAGGUGGUGCUCAUCUUUGACCUUGGCGGCGGCACGUUUGACGUCACCCUGCUGACGAUCGACGGCGGCAUCUUUGAGGUGAAGGCGACGAACGGCGACACGCACCUGGGCGGCGAGGACUUUGACAACCGCCUUGUGGAUUACUUUGCGACGGAGUUCAAGACACGGUUUGGAAAGGACCUUCGCAGCAACGCGCGGGCUGUGCGGCGCCUGCGUACGGCGUGCGAGCGUGUCAAGCGGACGCUCUCAAGCUCCGCAAAUGCCAGCAUUGAGAUCGAUGCGCUGUAUGAGGGGUGUGACCUGUUCUCGAAGAUUACCCGUGCCCGCUUUGAGGAGAUGUGCCGCGACCAGUUCGAGCGCUGCCUGGAGCCCGUGAAGAAGGUUCUGCUGGAUUCCGAAAUGACGCCGCAAGAUGUGCACGACGUCGUCCUCGUUGGUGGUUCCACCCGCAUUCCCCGCAUUCAGCAGCUCGUGCAAAACUACUUUGGGGGCAAGGAGCUGAAUCGAUCGAUCAACCCCGACGAGGCGGUAGCAUACGGCGCGGCGGUGCAGGCGCACAUUCUCGCAGGUGGGCGCUCAGACAAGACGGAGGGCCUGCUCCUCCUCGACGUCACCCCGCUUUCGCUGGGCGUGGAGACGGCUGGCGGGGUGAUGUCUGUUCUUAUCCCGCGCAAUACGACGGUGCCCACCCAGCAGUCGCAGACCUUCUCCACGAAUGCGGACAACCAGCGCAGCGUGGAAAUUAAGGUGUACGAAGGGGAGCGCCCGCUUGUGUCGCAGUGCCAGUGCCUUGGCACCUUCACCCUCAGCGAUAUUCCGCCCGCGCCGCGCGGCAAGCCACGCAUCAAGGUUUCGUUUGACGUGAACACGGAUGGCAUCCUCGUCGUAAGCGCGGUGGAAGAGUUGGGCGGAAAGACGCACGCGAUCACCAUCACCAACGACAGGGGCCGCCUGUCCAAGAACCAGAUCGAGAAGAUGGUGAAGGAGGCGGAGCAGUUUGCCAACGAGGACCGGCUGAAUGCAGAGCGCAUUGAGGCCCACAACGCGCUGGAGAACUACACGUUUUCGCUGCGCGCGACUCUGAGUGAUCCGGAGGUGGAGGCCGGUAUCUCCUCGGCGGACCGGCAACAGAUUCAGGCCGCCGUGAACACUGCCGCGGCGUGGCUUGAGGAGAACCCUGAAGCCACGAAGGAGGAGUACGACGCGAAGACGAAGGAGAUUGAGCAGGUGGUGCACCCCAUCCUCUCCGCGUUCUACAUGAAGCGAACGAUGGAGCGGCCGCACGAGCCAUCCGCUUCGGCGGCCGCGCCGGGGGAGGAGGACGGGGCAUCCGCGCCGCCGCCGCCCACUGACGUGGACUGA